AUGACAGCUGCAGCAAAUAAGCAAACAGUCGAGCAAAUAGAACCAAUGGAAACUAUAAUAGAAGAAAAUAAUAAUAACGAAUUGCCUAUUGCCAGACCAUCACCUACAGGUCUAGCAAGACCUCCAACUACUUUAGACUUUAGUGAUUUUCCUGAAAUUUUUGAUGAAUGGUUGCCAGAACCAAUUCCAGGACAAAAACGAAAACUAGGACAUCGACGUGAUGAUCCACCAACACCACCAUCUCCUAGACAACCACCAACACCACCAUCUCCUAGACAACCACCAACACCACCAUCUCCUAGACAACCACCAACACCACCAUCUCCUAGACAACCACCAACACCACCAUCUCCUAGACAACCACCACCACCUCCGAUCAUUCCAAGAAAAACAUUACCACCACGUAAUCCCAGUAUUCCACUAGUUAGAAGAUCACUCUGUUCAUCACCACUAGUAGAUACAAUAAAUGAUCAUAAACAAAGACAAUAUUCUUUCAAUGCACUUCUUCCUGAUGAGAAAUCAAAUGUAAAAGAACAACAGCAUAUACAAACACCUAACGUAGUAGUACCACCACUAAUAAAUGUACAUUCGAUGAUAAUAUCUCCUUUACAAAGUUCGACACCAGAAAUAUUAAUAAAAUCACCAUCAGUCAUACCAAAGAAUAAUAUAACAUCAAAUAGGUCAUAUAACUUUUCAAUUAUUCCUAUCGAAUGCAGAUAUUACUUUAAACAAAUAAGACAAAAAAGUACAUUUGAAUCGAUAAGAACUCAUCAAAAUUUUCUUCAGACCAAAUACGAAACAUUAGAAAAUGAGAGAGAGAAAAAAUUACAUUCAUCAUUUGACAAACAUGUGGCCACAAGUAGUUAA